UGUCCAGGGAUGUGGGGGCAAAGGGACAGGGCUCCACGCUGACACUGGCACAUAUGAUGCGUCAUCAAGCCAGUUUUUAAACGUGGAUGAACCGUGGAUGAAUCUUAGGAAUCAGAAGAUUGACCAGCGUCACUGCUGCCGCUGUUUUUUGCGGCAGUCAUGUCGGUACGUGGUUCCGUCGCUCUGACGUCUGUUUGAGAAGAAGUGGUGAAAGAUUUCAUUUUUUCUUGGAGAAGAAAAUGUGAAAUGUAUACGAACCCUUUCAACAAACAUACUUGACUUUAAAAUUCGGGUUUGCAAGAAGUCAGACGUCACACCGCCCCUGUUUUUGAUGUUGAAUAGUGACCACUGUCAAAGGAUCUAAUGUAGCCUACAUAAAGUUUGUCUUUUCCUCUGUGAAGUUAUUUUUUAAUAACAUGAUUGUUGAACAAUGAGCAAGUGAGAUUAAAUAUUUUAUUCCCAAAAGAGGACGUAAAUACGGUGACAUCAUCAGCUGGUUUCUGACGUGUCAUUUUGAAGCCUCGCGAUUUUCACCGUCACUACUUUCAAGCCACCGGAUGAAGUCAAAAGCACCUAACUGAGAACAUUCACACGAUGGGGUGAGCAACAAGUGUCCAGAGCGCAGCAAUGAAGACAGAGUGAAACAAGUUUCAAGGAAGAGGAGAUACUCUCUGACCCUCUAGGAUAUCAGGUGAAAUUAAGUCAGCAGUUGGAAGCAGAUCAGUUGCAGCUCAGCCAGCAGGAUGAGAAGAAUCAGAAAGCAGUCAGUCAAUACCUAAAGCAACUACAGUCCUUCAAGUCUUGCAGUCACAGUCACGAGUCACCAUCCCAGCAGCCUCUAAGAAAGAAAACUGUCGACUUAAUGGAGAGAAAUAAGAAAACCCUUUCCCUGUUUAUUCUGCUGCCUCUGCUGCUGCUCUGCAGAAGUGAUGAGUGUUCCAGCCUGCCAGAGAUUCUCACAGAUCUCACUUGCUACACUGACUACAAUAGAAACAUCACAUGUUUGUGGAACAGCAAAUACGUGUCUGAUAACGCUGCAUGCACGAUACAUGCUCAAUAUAAUUCUCGCCGCCUUCCUUACAGCGCUUCCUGUGACCUAAAGCCUGUUGAUGUCUCCAGACCAGCCCUAAAGAAGUGCUCCCUGAUCUUUAAAGGAACAUACACUUUUCUGUCUUCCCAUGUGUUGUCCCUUAAUCUGAGCUGCAACCAAAUGAAGCAGAGUGUAAUUACUUCCUUCAAGCCAUCAUGUCAUAUCAAGGUGAAUCCUCCUGCUCAGCCAAAAGUCAACUUCACCUCUGUUUCGUGGUUGUCCCAAGUCCCCAAACAUGAAAGGAUCACUUCAUACAGAAGUGAAGUCGAGUGGAAGAAGCAGGAUCAGUCAUGGAGUGAUCCCGCUGUGCACAGAAAACUUGGCAUUCAGUGCAAGCUGGGGUGCAAGGCAGAGCUGGAGCCAGAUUUGCUGAUACAAGGUGAGAGGUACGAGGCACGUGUUCGUGUGCGCUCUGUUGAAUUUCAACCCGAGGGAGCCUGGAGUGACUGGAGCCCCACUGCAUCAUGGGAGUCACAAGUAGGGAAAAUAAAACCACCAUCAGGUAAUACGUUUGUUGUUCCUGUAACGAUAGUCGGUGUGGUGGUGUUGCUGGCAGGCCUGCUCUUAAGCACUCACAAAACCACCCGGGUUUACAUAAUAAAGAAAAUCAAAGGUCCACCCAUACCAGACCCAGGAAAAUCCUUCCUGCGAGAAAUCCAGAGUGGGUUCCCCAGUGAAUACUUUCACUCCUUCUUGAAACCAGUGGAAAUGAUCACUGUAGAAUUAACCUCGCCUGUGGAUGCUGCUGUGGCCUACAAGCCAGAUGAGAAGAUGGUGUUGAACAAAGGCAGCUAUGACUCCACCAGCUCCAGCUUCACUAACCCAAGUUACUCUGAGCUUUGUAGCCCUCCUCCUAUUUCCUCACUCACUGCUGGGAAUCUGAAGCCCUGUGCGGCUGACACGCCUUAUGGCCCUGUUGGUGCUCAGGUUGAAGGAAAAAGCGCAGAACAGGAAAGCGAUGAAGCGAGAGAGAAAGAAAAGAUGUUAAUGUUGCUGCUCAAAGGCAGCAGUAACAGUGAGCCAGUGCAGGUGAUUUCAGACUACGAGAAAACUGAGAGGCUCGACAAUGAUCGAUUUAGGCUCCAGAGUCUAGAUUCAGGCAUGUGCAGUUGUGAAGAGGUCAGUGAAGAGAGCAUGGAGGCAGAUAGCAUCAAUAUGACUGAUAGUCAUGAUGAGGAACCUGAGGGUGAGGAAGAGAAGGAGGGAGGGAAUGAACAAAAGGCAGAUUUUCAGAGGCUGUUUGGAAGCAGCAGAGGUGUGUUUGGCAAGUUUAUUCCGGUUUGUUCUGAUUAUGAGCGAGUGGAGAAACAGCAGGCUGACAGCCCGGAGCUUCCCAGCUUGGAUUCAGGUGUUAGCAGUGGGGGAGAGGAGCAGCUGAGUCAGGAUGAGGACAUGGAGGAUGUUGAUAAGUCCACUGAAUCUACACGCUUCCUGUUUCCACCUCAUCCUUCCAGUGCUUUACCAUGCUCCCUGCUCUCUUUUCCACAACUGCCUUUGAACUUGCCUGGGCCACGUCUGAGUCCAGCUUUGCACCUCCAGCCAGGUCACAUGACACAGGGGUUUGCUCUGAUGUCAACAGGAAGGUCGGUGGAGCCCUCUGGUGAUGGAUAUAUGCCAGUGAAACAGGAGGAGGGCUGAGAACAGACAGCAGGCUCAACUAGCAGGACAAAAUAGCAUGUAGCACAUGUAUCACACCCAAUAAGUUCUCAGGAAAAUGUAACAUCACAUAAAACUUUAUCCACUUCACACUGUUCAGCAGCGCUGGUGGUGAUAUUCAUAAAUGCAUUUUCCUUUAUCUUUUAUAUUUAUACAAAAAAAAUUUUCAUAUAUCCGAACUUUGCACUAUAACUGUUACUGUUAAAAACGAAAUGCAUUAUCUAAUUAGAAACUAAACUCAAAUUAAUAAUAAUGUGGUUAUAAUAAUAAAAGUGUUUGCAUUUGUAUUGUGGUUUUAGUGAGAUCAUCUAAAUGGCAUGUAGCUUAUUGUACUGAAACAAAUGUUGGUAAAGGAAUGUAAGCUCCAGAUAGCUGAGUGUGUGAACUAAUGUCAUUUAUAGGGUAUCAUUAUAAUCACAUAUUAACCAUAACCAGGAUAUUUGAAGAUGAAAUGUCUAGAUGUAACAGAUCAGUAAUAGCAUAACUGACCUAUAUAAGAGCUUGCAUUUGUUUUAUAAAAAGAAUUUUACUUUUUAAAAAAAUAAAUAUACGUAUACGUCUGUAAUCGAAUGGAAGUAUGUCAAUGACAAAUAGUCUAAUAUUUUCCAUUAUUGUUCUGAUCUUGGUUUCCCUGUAUGUUGUAGACCAUCAUGUCAGUCGUAAAAUAUGUUGUUUACUGUGAUGAACUUCACAGUAAAAUAAA